UUCUACAGUCCGACGAGCAAGGAGACCGUGGACUCCUUCCUCGACCUCGUCAGAAACCUGUUUCCUGCAAAUCUUGUUGCUGCAGCUUUCGAAACGUAUGCGACAGACUAUAAGAUGCUGCUUAGGAACACCUCUGGAAAUGCCACAUUGGAAAAGAUCCCUGUUGGUACUGAGAUCAAAGGGAUGAACAUCUUGGGACUGGUGAUGUUUGCUCUGGUUUUAGGAGUGGCACUGAAAAAGCUUGGCCCAGAGGGGGAAGAUCUUAUUCGCUUCUUUAACUCAUUCAAUGAAGCCACAAUGGUCCUGGUUACCUGGAUUAUGUGGUAUGUACCUAUUGGCAUUAUGUUUCUUGUUGGGAGCAAGAUUGUCGAAAUGGAAGAUAUUGUGCUUCUGGUCACCAGCCUGGGAAAAUACAUCUUCGCCUCUAUCCUGGGCCACGUCAUCCACGGAGGAAUCAUUCUGCCGCUUAUUUAUUUUGCAGCCACACGGCAAAAUCCGUACCGUUUUCUCUUAGGACUUAUCACACCAUUUGCCACUGCCUUUGCCACUUGCUCCAGCUCAGCCACGCUCCCGUCCAUGAUCAAGUGUAUUGAGGAGAACAACAAAGUCGACAAGAGGAUCAGCAGGUUUAUCCUUCCCAUUGGGGCCACUGUAAACAUGGAUGGAGCUGCUAUUUUCCAGUGCAUGGCAGCUGUGUUUAUUGCUCAGCUGAACAAUGUCGACCUCAACCCUGGGCAGAUCUUCACAAUUCUCGUGACAGCCACGGCGUCCAGUGUGGGAGCAGCUGGGGUCCCUGCCGGAGGCGUCCUCACCAUUGCCAUCAUCCUGGAGGCCAUCGGGCUGCCCACCAACGACCUGUCCCUCAUACUGGCUGUGGACUGGAUUGUGGACCGAACCACUACAGUUGUGAAUGUGGAAGGGGAUGCCCUGGGAGCAGGCAUCCUUAAUUGCUUGAAUGAAAAAGACAAGAAAGAGAGAGAGCAGGAGCUAAAGGAAGUCACCGUAGAAGCAGUUGCAAACAGCAAGUCGGAAGCGGAAACGUCACCUUUGGUAACCCAUAAAAACCCAGUCUCCAACACAAGCAGCACAGUAGACCCUGAAUCCAAGGAAUCAGUAUUGUGAACUCGAGGCUGCUCAUCGAGACCAGUCCUAGAGGUGGCCCAGGGAUUUGUCAACGCACCCAGACAUUUGCAGUGCGACUGGGAGCUGGAAGUACUCAGUUCCAGUCUCUUUUGAAAUAUGCUGGCCUGGGGAAAGGGGGGGGGAGGUGGGGUGGGCAG